AGGGGCAAGAGCUCCAUACAUACACUACGUCCAGGGACCAUGCAAGUGGGCAGCUCUGCGGAAGGCUAGCCGUAAUGGGCCAGGCGCAGGAGCGGAAACCUAAAUGUAUGUACAUGCAUUCGGCGUCGAUAUACGGAUACUGUCGAAGUCAGAUUCAGAACAGCCAGGUACAGGACCUCCAAACGUCCACGGAUAUCAUAACACGUGCGGGAACCUCGGCUCCAGCAGAAUUUAGGGGCCGUGGGGCAGCUCUGACGGAAGACUAGCCGUUCUAGGCCAGGCACAAGCGCGGUAAACCCACCUUCAGCGUCGAUAUAAGUCAGAUCGAUCGUCGAGGUAGAGUCCUCUCUCUCGCAUGAAUUCGAACCUCAGCAGAUUCAUUUGGCCAUCUCACAGACUGAAGCAGCACUCAAACCGACGCCCACUUCUCGAUACGUCUGCAUGAUGUCGUUCGCGUACAAGCGCAUCCUCCUUGUCGGGGCCACCGCCGGCAUCGGAGCUGCCUUUGCCGACAAACUCGUCCUCGAAGGCGCCAAAGUUAUCGCUGUUGGCCGUCGCCAGGAGAGACUGGACGCCUUUGUCCAAAAGCACGGCCAAGAAAAGGCCAGCGGCGUCAGAUACGACGUGAACGACCGAGCCGGCCAGGAUGCUUUCGUCGAGGGAAUCGUAAAGCAGUACCCCGACCUCGACUGCGUGUUCCUCAACCCGGGCGUCCAGAACAUACACCGGCUCACGCGCCCAGCCGAGGUCGACUUGGACGCUUUCCACCAGGAGAUGAGCACCAACUUCUCCCGCCUGGUCGACCUGUCAAUCAAGUUCCUGCCGCACCUGCAGCAGAAGUCAUUCCCAACCGCCCUGGUCUUCACAGGAACCAACCUUGCCAUAAUUCCCGCCAUGCACGCGCCGGCCUACUCGGCCUCCAAGGCGGCGCUCAACGCCUACAUCAUGUGCCUACGCCGUCAGAACGUGGCAUCGAGCACCAAGAUUAUUGAGAUUUGGCCUCCUCUUGUCCAGACCGAAAUCCAUGACUACUUGGGUCCCGAACGCGGCCGGGCCAUGGGCAUGCCCGUCGACGAGUUCGUCGAGAAGGCGUGGUCGCAGCUGGCGGCUGGUUCCGACCAAGUCAUUGUCGGCCCCGUCUUACAAGAGGACAAGUACAUGGCGGUAGUGGAGGGCCGCAGGGAGCUGUUUGAGAGCCUGUCGAACAUCGUGGCAGCGAACUUUCAAAUGUAAUCGAGGGCCGCUGUAUGCCACGGUAACUAGCUACUAAGGAGAGCUUGGCCAAUGAUAUGGAUUGGAAUACGUAUCUGAGGGUGGCCUGAAAACUGCAGCGCUAGUAUAUUCUAACUAGCGAAUAUGUCUUUCGAGAGACGUGAGAC